UUCUCUUUUACCGGUUCCUGGCUUCUUACACGCAGGUUGUCAUCGCCGAUCUCCAGUGCUACCACACUGCAGUGGCACGCGCUUACACGGACAACUAUCCGCAACUCCCUGGUAUUACCUGUACACUUUCAUGCAGGCCCUCAUCCAAUCCCAUCUAUCGAAUCAAAUUUAUUCAGUAUUUAUUUCAAUUCUUCUUGCCUCUCCCUUUUGCAGUAUCAUUUCUCUCCAAACAUACAAACUCUCGCCACGCGUCAGACGCCGCCCCAAAACCGGCAACUGAUCAGCAAUGACGCUCUAAGCGUGUCAUCUACAGUGGGGAACUUUUGGGCGCCUUGCUCCUCCAAAGCCACUAUUUCCAGGUUUUUCAAGGUACCAACCCGCGCCGCCGUGAGUUUACCUGUACUUGCACACAUUGAUCCUCUCAGAAGCAAUCAAGGACAUGCCAUCCUUGUCGGCGAAAUCCUGAGAAGGAGGUCAGCUAAUUUACAUAAUGCGAGAGCACAUGCGAAUAGUACAUGUGGCAUGUUCUUUUUGCUAGUAGAUGGAGGCUGAGACCAUCUGGACAAUGAGAGCAUCAAACGUCAUUGUUCGGCGCCAUACUCGUGACGUCACAAGAUGGCAUUCUUAAUGCAUGAGUUGAUCACCAUUGAAGUAAUGGAGAAUGGGAUAUUAUUUGGUGAUGGCUUCUUUCUCUCUCUCCUUUUUGUCUACU